AUGUCUCAUCAAAUUGGCGGUAUUGAUGUCGUCUUUACGGCGUCGAACCCAAAUUACCACAACUACUGGACCGAUUUCCGACCUUCCAGUAAGGUCAUCCUCCCUAAAGGAUGGCAACGGGAACCGGGAUUUCGUGCGUUGAGCGAACCGAUUAUUUGGGAGAAGGAUGUUCCCAUCGCGAUGCGAGACGGAGUCGUUCUCCGGGGAGACAUUUUCCGCCCGUUCUCCAAGGACAGCGCUCCAUUGCCUGCACUUCUCCCAUGGAGCCCAUACGGAAAGACCGGAAGUGGCCAUCAUCAAACAACCAGCUUUACCUGGCUGGGCGUACCAAAGGCCUCCUUGAGCGGUCUUGAAAAGUUCGAGGCGCCUGAUCCAGCCGAGUGGUGCCCACGUGGGUAUGCCAUCGUAAAUGUUGACGCGCGAGGAUGCUUUGACUCCGAAGGCGACAUUUUCAUUUUCGGUACUCAGGAGGGCCGCGAUGGACACGAUACGAUUGAGUGGAUCGCAAAACAAUCUUGGUGUGAUGGAAAUGUUGCUCUUGUUGGAAACUCGUGGCUAUCAAUCACCCAGUGGUUGAUCGCAGCCGAGAAGCCCCCGCAUCUGAAGGCAAUCGCCCCAUGGGAAGGACUGGGCGAUUACUAUCGUGAGAGCAUCUGCCGCGGUGGAAUUCCUAACCCUAUGUUCUGGGAUCUUCUGAUGAGGGAGUUCAACGGAAAGACACAACGCGAAGACGUUGCAGCCAUGAUUGAGAAGUAUCCCCUUAUGAAUUCAUACUGGGAAGAUAAACGACCGAGGCUCCAAGAUAUCAACAUUCCCAUGUACAUCUUGGCGAGCUAUUCGACCGGGCUACACACCGAAGGAUCUCUACGUGCGUGGAAAUAUGCUGGGUCGGACCAAAAAUGGCUUCGGAUCCAUCCCACUCAAGAAUGGUUUGAUAUUUAUCAACCCCUGGCCAAUGAUGAUCUCCAGCGCUUCCUCGAUCAUUUCCUACUCGGUCGCAACAACGGAUGGGAGCUCACACCCAAGGUUCGCCUCUCCUUAUUGAGAUACAACAAGGCUCCUAUCAGCUUUCGUGCGGAGGACAGCUACCCUCCUUCUCGUGUGGAGUAUAAGACCUUCUAUCUUGACGCUACUAAAGAGACCAAAAGUGUUGCUGGCUCCUUGCAGAUUGAAGCUCCAACCGAAAUGGUCAGCGCCUCAUACCAGUCUGAUUCGUGGGAAGAUGACGGUUCUUUUUUUACCCUUACAUUCAAGGAGCCUACUGAGUUGAUUGGAAGUUCUCUGCUCAAAGUAUUCAUUUCAUGUGAUGACAUGGAUGAUAUGGAUGUGUAUGUCAUUCUCCGAAAGCUCAAUCGCUCCGGUGAGCCUCUGCUCAAUUAUAAUAUCCCGUGGGAGCAUCAAAAGCCCGGUACGACUGCGGAUAUGAUUCCAGAUGAAAAUAUCUACAAAUAUGUCGGGCCAAGUGGACGCCUUCGCGCUUCCAAGCGAGCUUGCACUACCGAAGAACCCGACAUGCUCGAGAGUCGGAAGAAGAACCAGGAGCCCACAGAGCUAUUCUUCCCACAUGAAAAGUCAGAGAAGGUCCCGGCUGGACAAGUAGUUGAGCUCAAGAUUCCCAUCUGGGCUGGAGGUAUUUGCUUCGACGAAGGAGAGUCGCUGAGGUUGGAGAUUAAGGGCCAUGAUCCGAUUCUCCCGGAAUACCCAGCGUUACGGAAGGGUCCUAAAAAUUUGAAUAAAGGACGGCAUGUGAUUUAUACGGGAGGGAAGUUUUCAUCCUCUUUGACUAUUCCAUUGACUAGGGUGUAA